AUGCCCGGCAUCGUCGACCCCCAGCUCGCCCCCCUGGACAUUGCCGUCGUCGGCUCCGGCCUGGGCGGCCUCUCCGCCGCCAUCGCCCUCCGCCGCGGCGGCCACCGCGUCACCAUCUACGAGCGCUACGACUUUGGCGGCGAGGUCGGCGCCUCCCUGUCGUGCGCCUCCAAUGGCUCCCGCUUUCUCGAGGAAUGGGGCAUCGACGUCUCCAAGGCCAAGCCCGUCGUCCUGCGCGACCUCAUCCGCCACGAGUGGUCCACCGGCGACGUCUUUGGCGUGUAUCCCCUCGGCGACUACAAGGAGCGCUUUGGCACGGAAUACAACAACUUUCAUCGCAUCGACCUCCACCAGCACCUCAAGCACGUCGCCACGUCCGAAGAGGGCGACGGCAUCCCCGCCACUCUCAAGGUCUGGCACAAAGCAACCGGCCUGGACCCCAUCGAGGGCAAAAUCUCGUUUGAAAACGGCGUCGAGGUGACGCACGACGUCAUCGUCUGCGCCGACGGCAUCCGCAGCCAGAUGCGCGAGCGGCUCGGCGUGGUCCCCCAGGUCUCGCGCUCCUCCUCGUGCUGCUACCGGUGCAUCAUCAGCGCCGACAAGCUGCGGGAGCUCGGCCUGCAAGAGUUUUGCGAGAGGAGUGCAAUCGAGUUCUGGGGCGGCGACGGCAUCGACAAGAUUGUCAUGAGCGCGUGCUCCGAUCAUGACGUCGUCAGCUGUUACUGCUUCUACCCGGCGGAGAAGAAUGACAUCCGCGAGGACGGGUGGAACAUUUCGACGACGGGCGAGAACCUGGCCAACACCUUCCCGGGCCUCGACGAGCGCCUCAAGACGCUGUUCCGCAACGCCGAGGACAUCAAGAUGUGGCGCCUGUACAACCACGAUCCCUACCCGUACUGGGUCAAGGGCAAGUGCUGUCUGCUCGGCGACGCCGCGCACCCCAUGAUGCCCGACCAGUCGCAAGGCGCGUGCAUGGCCAUGGAAGACGCCGGCGCCCUGGGUAUCCUCUUCUCGCCCAAGUACUCGUCCCUGUCGGUCGCGCAGAGGCUGCGGCUGUACGAGGAGGAGCGCAAGCCGCGCGCAACCCGGCUCCAGGAGAGCAGCAAGCGCGCGCGGACAGACCUCACGGAGCGCAUCGGCUGGAGCAGCGCCAACGACAGGCCGGGGAAGCUGACCAUCGAGGAGGUUUGCGGCUACGACAUGCACGCGCACGUCGCAGAGCUCGCCAGGAAGCUGGAAGGUAGUACUGCCGGCGAUUCAUGA